AUGUCCGACAUUAUUGUCCUCGUCUAUGGGCAUAAACACAGUGCACCCUCACCCUCUUCGCCGCUUUAUUCCGAGCGUCAUGCCCUAUUCUCUCCUUCUGUAUCUCCUGCUGAAAUAUUUCACGCUCGUCCUUCCUUAUUCUCAUGGGCAACCAACCUCGUCGCUACACAUGUUCAUCGGGAGAUUGACCAGCUUUCUCGUACAAACGUUCCAGGUGGCGAAAAUCAUCUUCGAGCUUCUACGAAUGGCCGCCGCCCAGAUCACUUCAAAUUGGUAACUUGGCAAGCUCUAGGAGAGUUCAAUAUUUCUGCGCUAUGCGAGAAAUACAAGGUUCGCGCACCUGUUUCCUGGUAUAUGACAGAGCCCAUGGCCGCUUCACGCAAGGGCGGUGUUUUCAUUGUAAAGAAACGACGCCCACAUCCAAUCGUCCAAGUCGGCGCUAUUAGCUCGUUUAUACUCUCAAGGAAUCAUUUCGCUAACGGGGAUCUUGCGAUGGCCUUGGGUGUAUGGCAUUUUGCGGCCAAAUCACAUAUCGAUGUCAAACGUGUCUACAGCCGUUUCGGAAACAUCGUAAGCGACAACACUGUACGGAAGGCUCUUGAUUCCAUGACAGUCUCGAGUCUCAGCGUCCUCAAAGACUCCGUCAGAGCGGCAGCAGAGCGAGGACAAACUGAGUGGUGUUUGAUCCUCGAUAACGUUCAACAUACAACGUGA